AGGCAAGGUUUCAUUGGAGCGACAUCAAGGGGAUCAUCCGAUCACAUCACCACGGGCAUGCCAGAUUCUAGGCCUGCGCGAUCUCUCUCUCCCCAUUUCUCACCACCAUUUUUUGCCUGUCAGUCAGUCAGUGAAAGUGGGACGGACCGUAACGGAGCUCUGCCGCAAACAGACUUGACCUCGCUUCUGCGCCUUAAGACCGAACCCAAGAGGCGCGUCUUUGAUCGAUUCUUAUCAGGGCACGGGACGGGAAGUGGGCAAGACCGGCACCGGCAUCUGUAAACACACCAUGGGAGAAUAGGACGACGCUAUUAUGCAAUAGGCGACGACAUGGGUGGUAACGGCGUCAACCGACGUGCCACCGGGACCGCUGGUCGGGGUACUGCGGCUCCCGUUGCUGCAACUGAUCAUUCGGCUCAACCCGCACCCGCACCCACAAGCGGCUCUUCUUCCCCGUCCAGUACGGUAGCGCCGAUGAUUCCUCUGAAUCAGAAUCACAGUGGCAUCCCACCACCAGCAGCAGCUUCCAGUCCAGGUCCAGGUCCAGGUUCAGGUCCAGUACGAAGACGGAAGAAGAGAGCCCAAGUCUCCAAAGCCUGUCAGCGAUGCAGGAGACUGCAAAAGGGGUGUAGCGAGUCGCGGCCCUGUCAGAGGUGUAUCGGUGUUGGACUGGAGGAACAAUGUCUCCGGAGCGAGAUGGUGAUUGAGUGUCAUCAGAGUGUUGUACUGCCCCGGUCUCAUGCCCAUCCCGGACUGGUACCAGCUACAGCCACAGCUUCAGCAGGGGCAACAACAGCAACAGCAACAUGGUCCUUCACCCAACUCCCAGCCAGUCCCGAGAGUCUGGUUAACUACCCUCUAGCCGGCGGUGCAGGCGCAGCAUCAGCCAGCUCUCCCCUCCAGGGCCAGGCCAGUCAACACCAUCAACAAAUCAACCCCCUCCCCAAGCCAGUACUCGACCACUGCAUCCCCCGUUUCUUCUCCCGCCUCUACCCCACCAUCCCGAUCCUCACCCCUUCCUACAUCGACCACCUCCUCUUACUCUCCUCCACCACCACCACCUCCACCUCCUCCCUCUCCUCCCUCUCCUCCUCCUCCGCCGCCACCUCCACCGCGGAAGCCCAAACCCUCCUAACCACCCUCUCCGCCCUCGUCCUCCUCCAAAUCGAGCACCCCACCACUCACCUCUUCACCUCCAUCAACAUCCCUUACUCCAACUCCGUUUAUGGACGUUUACUCUUUGACCAAGCACAAACCAGCCACCAUCGGGCUUUGGCUUUGGGUACCACACAAACACAAAAAAGGUUUUCCCCGACGCUGGAGAGGGUGUUGAUUACUUUUUUUUGUAUGCGUGUCAUGCGGUGUUCAAGGGUGCGAAAGACGUUAGCAGACCGAUUGCUUUGGGUUUUGCUAGUGAGCGAAAGGUCGCAUGCCAUCCGCUACCGACGGCCGAUAACGCUGCAGAUUACGCCCAGCACCCCAUCGCUGGAUUUCUGUGCCGAUACGGAGUUUGCGGGCUUAGCGAGCUUGGUGGCGCUGUUCAGGCCGUUGGAUACGGGGUUUAUGGCGUUGUUGAAUCAAGAAGUGACGAGCGCGUUUAGGGGUCCGGCGAUGGUAGCGGGGCCGUUGGAUGUGGUGGAGAAGUCGAUUGCGGAGGCGGUGCCUGGUCCUAGUCCCGGUCUGGGUCCGGGUUUGGGUUCGGGUUUAGGUCCGGGUUCGGGGCCGGGUUCGGGGACGGUUUCCCUCCCGUCAAUGUCGCCGGAUGGACGCCUGGUAAAUUCUACUUGUGCCUCUUCUCGUCCUCCUCCUCCUCCUCCUCCUCCUCCUCCACCUCCUCCUCCACCUCCUCCUCUAACAACAACAACACAACCCCCCUCCCUCCUUCCCACCGGGGCCACCGGCCACCUCCACACAACCCAACUCGCCAACCUAAAAAUCACCCAACUCUGGCUGCGCGUGAUCCUCUGGCAGAUCCGGUUGCGCAUCGGGUUAUUGAUUCCUCCUCCUCCUCCCCCUCCUCCUCACUCAUCUCCAGCUCCAGCUCCACCAUCUGCCCCAAAUGGUACAGUCAAGGAAUCAUCCCUAACCUACCACCACCCCCUCUCCAUCGCCCGCUCACUCGUCCAAGUAACCAAAUCGCUUCCCCUCGAAAGCAUCCGCGUGCACGGAGUGGGGUUAACAGAGAAGGUGUUUGACGUCGCUUGUGCGAUGGUUGAUGUGCUUGCGAAGGUACCUUUGGAGGAUCGGAGGAGGUUUUCUGGGACUGGGCCGGCGGGGUCGUUGCUGACGAUGAGGGAGAGGGAAAGGGAAAGGCAGGAGGAAAGGGAAAGGGAAAGGCACCUCCAGGAAGAAGAGGAAAGGGAAGAUUUGGAGUGGAUUAGAGGGUUGAUUCAUCGGUUACCCGGGGGUGAGGCGAUUUAUGAUGAGUUGUUGGGGAAACAUAUUGCGGCUGCGGGUGUGUUGCCGGGGUUGGGGUUGAGGGGGUUUGAAGAUGAUUGAUGAUGUGCUGGCAUGAUACCUGUCGUUUGGCUUACCGGGAAGGCAAUGGGAUUUGGAUUCUGGAGUCUGUCAAUUGCAUUUCGGAAAGAUGCGUGAACAAAAAUGGAAGUUGAUGUCUGCAUGUAUCCAAAGAGAGACGGAUGAAUGACGUCGAUGGUGAGCUUGAUACACGAGAAACGCAUACCGACGAAUAAACUCAAAGGUAAAAAAGAAAAUGAAGAAAGAACUGGUGAAGCGAGAGAGAAAAGAAAGAACGUGAUAACAUGAAAAAAAGUGCAAAAAGAACCGCCCACGGCGAGACUCGAACUCGCAACAUUCAGAUGGCUUAGAAGGCCUUUUUACA